AGGACCAUGUAUUUGUGCACCAGCCAUUAGCCAGAUACUCAAUCAUGGACAUUGACAAGCUUUUCAAAGUGCCCAGGCUUCCUACAGGCUCAAAGCGGAAGAUGCCAGAUAAUCCUACCCCGGAGAUGCUAAAGAAGAUGCGUAUCGACACUCCCUCAAAUGGGGAUUCGGCCAUGGACGUUGACAUCCCUGAAAGCAGCUCGGCGCCUCGCCGACAGUCGCGACGCGCAACUGUAGAAGACGGGGACGACAAUAUGAUUGACAACUCGUUUGCUCCAGGGGGUGACGCGGACUACUUUGCCGAAGAGGAUGAAGAAGGGCGGUUCUACGGAGGAGGACUGACUUCGGAACAGAAGCAAAUAUUGAGUAUCUUUGAGAGUGCUGAAGGAGAGGGAACGACAGAAGACCCAGAAGGAAUAUCGAUCACAAGCAUAAGAAGGACGUUACUGAAGUUUGAGCGAGCUGCCAACAAAAACCAAGACCAACGCUCGAAGUACCCGGAUGACCCGUCAAAGUUCAUCGACUCUGAAGCAGACCUCGAUAGUGCGCUUAAAUCUCUUUUGUCUUUGGCACAGUCUCCUGUGCUGGCCUACCCAGAACUCGUGCGCUCCGGUUCUGUCACUUUACUCAUUGGACUCCUCAGCCAUGAAAACGCCGAUAUCGUCAUUGAUGUUGUUGAUGUGAUUCACGAGCUGACCGACGAAGAUGUUGGGAAUGAAUUAGAAGACGAGGAGGAACUACAGGAAGCGCAGGCAGCGCUGAAGGCCCUUAUUGAAGCUCUGCUAGAGAAUUCAAUCUUGGAGUUACUCGUUGAUAACCUUUCGCGUUUAAACGAGAUUGAAGAAGCAGACAAACAGGGUGUCUUCCAUGUUCUCGGCAUAUUUGAAAACAUACUUGGCUUUAACCCUGACCUUUCCCUUUUACUAGUAUCGAAGACCAAGAUGAUGGAGUGGUUACUCAAUCGCGUACAGUCGAAGACUCACGAUGAAAACCGUGGCUAUUCCGCAGAAAUGCUUUCUAUUCUGUUACAGAAUAAUGCAGUGAACCGUCAAGAUUUUGGCAAGAAAGAUGGUGUCGAGAUCAUCCUUAACGUUCUUUCUCAAUUUCGAAGGCGUGACCCAGUAGAUGCGGACGAGACCGAAUUUAUGGAGAAUUUGUUCGACGCUCUUUGUUCCGCGUUGGCCGAGCCUGAAGUCAAGUCAUUUUUCCUCGCGAGCGAAGGCGUCGACCUCAUGCUUCUUAUGAUGCGAGAGAAAUUGCAAUCAAAAUUGAGAGCAAUCAAAACUCUCGACUAUGCGAUGUCCGGCGCAGCAGGCACCGCCAUUUGUGCAAACUUUAUCGAGGCCCUUGGAUUGAAGACGCUCUUUGCUGCUUUUAUGGGCAAGGGUUCAAAAAAAUCCAAAUCCAAUGCACCAGCAGCAGCUUCCGAAGAUACCUCACAUAUCCUUGGCAUUAUCUCCUCAUUAUUUUCAAACACUCCAUCAGACUCUCCAGAUCGAAUACGUCUGCUUGCCAAGUUUGUGGAAAAUAACUAUGAAAAAGCCGACAAACUACUCGAGGUGCGGGAAAAUGCUCUUAAUCGUCUAAAAGUUGUGGACGCGGAGAUCGCGGCGGAGAAAAAGGAAACACUUGCUGACGGCGGUGAAAUCGAGUCAGAAGACGAGGAUCUGUUUUAUCUGCGCCGACUGGAAGGCGGACUAUUCACACUGCAAACAGUCGAUUACAUCCUCGCAUGGGUAGUCAUGGAGGAUGAUGGAAUUCGCGGCCAUAUCACACAAAUGCUUGAGCGCAAGAACCAGUCCCUGAAAGAUGUCAUCUCAACCCUUGAGAUACACCGCGACAACCUCGACGCUGACACUCAAAGCAAUGGCGCAACCACUGAUCACGCUCCCGAGGGCGGAGCACUGUCACAAAAGGAGAUCCUCCAACAUCUUAUCGACUUCCUGCAUGAAUGCUCAUGACGGACAUGGGGCAUUAAAAUAUAUAGCAAU